UGUGGUAGAUGCGGCCGGCCGCUUUCCCUCUCAGAGAAAGUGAGAGUGGAUCUGCCCCGACCGGUUUAUGAUCCGGCUGACCUGUACUGGAGUAUAGUUUGAGACCGCAUGCAUCGCAGGUGCAUGCAAACGAGAUGAUUGCAACUUUCGCUGUACUCAUCGUCACCACUGGAUUACUGGCAAUUCUGAUAGCAUGGCGCCGAAGACAUUUUUCGUAUUUCGAGGAUCUGGGAGUUCCAGGGCCAAAACCGAACUUGAUUUGGGGAAACUUCUUAGAGUACUACCAAGACGAUCGAUACAAAGUUAUUGGAAAGUGGCUGAAGAAGUAUGGAGAUGUCUUUGGGUUCUACAACGGUGACGUUCCUUUCUUGGUCGUCAAUGACCUUGAUUUUCUGGAAUACGUUUUCGUGAGGAAGUUCGGAAACUUUGUGGACCGCGGCCUGACCAUGUUGACCGACCAAAUGCACCCUAUUCUGGGCAAGAGCAUAUUGCACGCCAAAGGCAACGACUGGAAAAGCAUCCGCAGUUCGGUGAAUUAUGGCCUCAGCGCUGCAAAGAUCAAAAUGAUGAUGCCAGAAGUUUGCAAGAGUGCAGAUCUCUUUCUCGAGAGAAUGGAGAAACUCGCCAACGACGAGGUGCACUCGUACGACGAGUACCAGCUCCUGUCCAUGGAUUACACGGCGCGCGGUGCGUUUGGCAUCGACACAGUCUUCCAGCUCGAACCUCACCACCCUCUUCUUACGAUCGCCAAGGGCGUGCUGGACGGAGUUAUGACUGGACCUCUGCACAUGAUCGCGCAAUGUACCACAGCCCUUGGUGACAUCAUGAAACCAUUCUAUUUUCUCGUGGCCUCAUUUGGCGAGUUCACCUUCAAGAACUUGGGCGAGGAAACGUCAAAGAUAGUCGAACUGCGUAGGAAAGACCCCUCGCUGCGAAGGCCAGAUAUGCUGCAGAAUCUUAUCGACGCGACAAUGCCUACAGAGGACGAUUACGGAUCCAUGAACGAGGAAAACAGGACUGACGAACCUGCGCCUGGUGAUGACCUAUUAAAAACUCUGUCAUUCUCUCUGCUUUUGGGAGUGAGAGUGCGUACAUCUGCAGUGGGCGAAGCCACUGGAGAACCUUAUUGCAUUUUUUUUUUUUUUUUUUUUUUUUUUUUUUUUUUUUUACCAACAGCUCCGAAUAGAGGCCGGCAUCUGAGCAAUGAGGAAGUGUUUACGACAGCAACCACGCUGUUCAUGGCGGGCUUCGACACAACCGGGACUGCCUUGAGUUACGUGACUUUCUUCAUUGCCAAACACCAGGACGUACAGAAGAAAGUGCGACGAGAAUUAAGAGAUGCACUGGCUGAUGGCGUAGCAAAAGAAAAGUGUUGAUUACGAGAUUGUUACCAGGAAACUGAAAUAUCUGCAGCAGGUCAUCGACGAGUCACUGCGGCUACUGCCACCUGC